AUGUUUGCGCUGCAGAACCAGGCGCGUCAAGACAGCACCAGCCCGAAACCUGAUAGAGGACUGAAACCCGAGCCUGAUACCUUCUUCCACGAGACGUUAGAACGCAGGCAUCGUGAGCUCCGGCUUCUACACGUGUUUGUCACCCAGGUGUGCCCUUAUAUCCCGGGAACCUACAUACCCAAACUGUUGGAAAUAUGGACCGUCGGUGUCCCCGAGAUGGCACUCGGCUACGAACCUCUUCUGCACGCCAUCCUGGGUUUCUCAUGCCUGUACGAGGCCACGCGCAAGCCCAACGUCGCAGUUGAACGCCUCCACUGGCGGGCUCGCUAUCUCGAGAAGACCUUGCAGGCCCAUCGCGCGGCUCUAGGUCAUUUCACACGCGAGAACGCGGACGCAGUGAGCUUCACCACCGUCGUAAUCACCCUAGACGCGUUUGCGCAUCUGCGGGAACGUGACCUAACUGGCCCGUAUGAACCUCCCAUGGACUGGCUCCAGCUCUCCCGGGGAAUUGGCGAUGUGUGUAAAUGUGCACUGGCCCUCCUCCAGGAUGACAAGGAUGCUCUCAUCUGGCCUUUGGUGCACACCAGCAUAGACACCAUCCGGAUGCGCAAGUCGGACGAUCUACCGAUGCUCGGGACACUGUCGCAUCUCCUUGUUCCAGUGGGGAGCGAAGGUUUGGGGGACGCGAUCGACGAGGAGGCGUAUCGGGAGACUGUAAGAUUACUCGAAUGGAUCGCCUCUGGUCGUGAGGCCGGCGAGCCUCUGAAUAUAUUCUGUCGGAGGUUGAUGUAUCUUUCGACGUUGCUUCCGGCGCGGUACGUCGAGUUGCUGAGUAUGAAACGGCCGAGGGCGCUGGUGCUGCUGGCGCACGUCUUUGCCUUUUGUUCGUACGCGAGUGAGAUAUGGUGGUGUGGCGACAGCGCGAGGCAGGAGAUUAAGGCGCUUCAGGAGAGCGGGCUCUUGGAUGGGCCAGAGUGGGAGGUCAUGAUGCGGUGGCCGGCGAGCAUCGUUGCGGGUGAGCAGUCACCUUAUCUCUUGGAGUCUGGUAACAUGAAAAUGGCAGUCGACUAG